AUGAUAAAUGCCGCAAGUGGAGAGGCAUUGGUAGACAAGACUCCAGUUGCAGCUUGCAACUUGAUUAAGAACAUGGCUACCAACUCCCAACAAUUUGCAACAAGGCAAAAUUCUUGUGCCAGAAAUCUACAGACCAUUACACUGAUAGCUGCCCUACACUGCAAGAGUCGACAGUCUAGAAGGAGGCAUCUUAAAGGUAAUGAAAAGGUGAAUAUAGGUAGGAAUGUUUCUGCACUUUUUGAGAAACAAAGGUCCACAAUGUCUGAGAAAUGCAAGGACCCAGAAACAUUCACCAUUCCAUGCAUCAUUGGUGUAGUUAUCCAGUUAGCCAACAGGAGCAUAACAAACCCAGCUGGGAUUAUUGAAGAUGUGCUAGUCAGAGUAAAUGAUCUUAUCUUCCCAGCUGACUUCUACAUCCUGGAUAUGCAAGAGGGAGAGUCAAUGAAGAAAAUAUCUUCUACUAAAAGUGCUAAAUCACUUCCCUCUAUGGAUCAACCUCCCACACUAGAGCUUAAGCCUUUGCCAGAACAUUUGAAAUAUGCCUAUCUGAAGGCAGACGAAAAGCUCCAAAUACUGUUAAAGGAGGAUGUCAAACCAGUGAGGCAGCCUCAGAGGAGGGUGAAUCCUAUCAUCUUAGACGUGGUGAAGAAGGAGGUCACCAAGUUACUACAGGCUGGGAUCAUCUACCCUAUCUCAGACAGUACUUGGGAUAGAAGUGGAACUCAGAAUCUAGUAGCUGACCACCUAAGCAGGAUAAAGGGAGUUCUUGACCCUAUUCCUCUUUUAGAUGAUUUUCCUGAUGAACAACUCUUAGAGUUGUAUAUUUCACAGGCACCCUAUGACCAAGUCAUCAGAAGGUGCAUACCUAAUGAGGAGAUUCCAUCCAUACUACAGUUUCGUCAUGCCUUAGCUGUAGGUCAUCAAGGACCUCAGAGGAUAGCAAGGAAAGUAUUAGAUGCAGGACUGUACUGGCCUUCAAUUUUCAAAGACUCAUGGCAGACAUAUUCCACUUGUGAGAGAUGCCAAAGAGCAGGAAGAACACCCUUGGGAAUGUCACCAUAUAGGGUAGUCUAUGGAAAAGCUUGCCAUUUGCCAGUUGAGGUGGAACAUAAAACUUACUGGGCAGUGAAGACUUGUAAUAUCCAUUAUGACUCAGUUAGAGAGCAAAGGAAGUUGCAGUUACAAGAGUUGGAGGAGCUGCGUCUUGAGGCUUAUGAAAACUCCAGAAUUUACAAAGAAAAAAUCAAGAGGUACCAUGACAAGAUAAUCUCAACGCCUCAAAAUCAUGCCUGA